AUGUGGCUCAAGACUCUGCUGCCGACUUUGUUGCUUGCAACGACUGUUGCGGCGGCACCAGGACGACAUGGCUAUGAGCAGCUUCAUCACAAUGUCAGGCCUGCUAACCAGUCUUCCGAGUACGAGUAUGUGGUCAUUGGAUCUGGACCUGGAGGAGGUCCUCUCGCUGCGCGACUUGCACUGGCAGGCCACAAAGUUCUCCUGAUUGAAGCAGGAGGUGACAAUCACGGUGUCAACCAGACAGUGCCUGCGAGGAAUCUCCAAUCCACCGCGGACCCGGCUAUCUCGUGGGACCACUUUGUCACACACUACAAGGAUGAGGAGCGACAAGCAAGAGAUUCCAAGAUGACAUACAAGCGAAAAGACGGUAGCUACUACACUGGAAAGUACCCACCCAAGGGCGCUGAGCCACUCGGGAUCCUCUACCCACGAGCAGGCGCUCUUGGAGGGUGUGCUGAGCACAAUGCUGCCGUUACUAUCUACCCCUUCGAGAGCGACUGGACCUGGCACCAGAACCUGACUGGAGACGACUCCUGGGCGCCUGAGAAGAUGCGAGACCACUUCAAGAAGCUUGAGCGAGCCCAAUACCUUGGAGCUGGCGAAGGGCAUGGCUUUGACGGAUGGUUCGCGACGAGCUUGACGGAGCUGGCGCUCGUUGCGACGGACUUGCGAGUUCUGUCUGUCGUGCUCUCUGGUGCUUCGGCUCUGGGCAAAUCGGGUAUCAUCAGCUCUCUGCUCAACACAGUCACCGGUCUCGCCAACGUUCUGGUCACCGACCUCAACGCCGAGUACGAAGGUCGCGAUGAAAAGGAGGAUCUGUUCCAGAUCCCUCAAGCUGUCGACAGAGACACCGGCAAGCGUAGCAGCCCCCGCAACUUCAUUCUCCAAGUCGCCAACGACGACCGCUACCAUCUGGACAUCAAGCUGAACACCCUGGCAACGAAGAUCCGCUUCGACCAGACUGGCAAGACCCCGCAGGCUAUCGGUGUUGAGUACCUGUCUGGCGAGUACCUUUACGGCGCUAGCCUGUUGUUCAGCUCCCACAACGGCACAUCUGGCUACGUUGCUGCCAGCAAGGAAAUCAUCGUCUCAGCAGGCACAUUCAACACCCCUCAGCUCCUAGAACUCAGCGGCAUCGGACCCCGCGCCGAGCUCGAAAAAUUCGGCAUCGAAGUCGUCAAGGACCUCCCAGGCGUCGGCAAGAACAUGCAAGACCGCUACGAAAUCAGCAUCGUCGGCCAGACCGACUCCGGCGAGAAACUCGACAUCUCCAAAGACUGUACCUUCGGCUACGAGUCCAACGACCCGUGUCUCGAGAAAUGGGAGAAUGGUGUCUCGCCACUUGGUAGAGGCCCUUACACAACCGGCGGUGUAGCCGUCGGCGUCUCCAUGAAGUCCUCCCUCGCGAGCGAGUCUGAAGAUCCAGACCUCUUCAUCAUCGGCGCCCCAGGUCUGUUCGGGGGCUAUUACCCAGGUUUCGCAUACGAUAGUGUCCACCCCGGCAAUAUCUGGUCCUGGCUCGCUCUGAAGGCACACACCCAUAACAAUGCGGGUACAGUCACGCUGCGUUCCGCUAAUCCUCGCGAUGUCCCGCAGAUCGAUUUCAAUUCCCUUGACACGGGGAAUACUGAUGAUAAUGGGGAUGAGACGGAUUUGCAGGCGCUGUAUGAAGGGUUGAGGUUUGGACGGGAGGCGUUUGAUAAGGUGAUUCCACUUCAGGGUGAUUUUGUUGAGAUUAAGCCGGGACGCAACGUCACUGGGGAAGAUGGGCUGAAGGAGUAUGCAAGAGACGACACCUGGGGUCACCAUGCUUGCUGCUCGGCUGCUGUCGGUGCGGAUGACGAUGAGAAUGCUGUGCUCGAUGGGAAGUUCCGCGUGAGAGGUGUGGAUAGCUUGAGAGUGGUUGAUGCGUCCAGCUUCAACAAGAUUCCGGGAACGUUUAUUGCGCUGCCGAUUUAUAUUAUUAGUGAGAAGGCGGCGGAUGAUAUUCUCAACGGCUGA